AUGUCUUCAAAGAGGAUCUCAGAUACUUUUGGAGUUAUAAAUGCGUGUACAAACGUAGCAUCGAAUUUUAUAAAACUUCAAGCAAUUAAUGCUAAUAUUAUUUUAAAAUCAUCAAAUUGGCGAUGGUCAGUUAAAUAUCAGCCAGCAUACAAAGAAUCUGUCUAUCAACAUAAACAAGAUAAUGAGAUUGAAGAAGUUGGUAGAUUUUCGAAACAAGAAACAGAAGAUAAGCCAACGCAUGAAAAUGUCGUAGCAUCAAAAGAUGCAUCAACACUUGAAAAUUCCUCAGUCAAAGCAUCACCAGAAACUAUUCACGAAACAAAAAUACCUAAAGUACUCAAGGAAUCUAAAAUGCCAAAUACUAGAGUUUCCAGAUUGUUUCAUUAUGGCGGUUUGGCUAUUGGAUUAGGAAUUGGUGCUCUCGGUGAAUCUGUUAAAAGGGCUACUGGUGUUUCUGAUGCAAAAACUAGUUCUGUAUUUGUAAAUGAGGCCAAUAUAGAUCGGUUGGUUAAUAAAUUAUCGAGGAUGAGAGGUGCUGCAUUGAAAUUGGGACAAAUGUUAAGUAUUCAAGGUAACGAUAUGUUACCAGAUCCAUUAGAGCAACUUAUAUUAAGAGUUCAAGAUAGCGCCAAUUAUAUGCCAAGCUGGCAGAUGGAAAAAAUAAUGUUGACAGAACUUGGUCAAGAUUGGCGUAAAAACUUUUUAUAUUUUGAUUCAACUCCAAUAGCUGCAGCUUCUAUAGGACAAGUACACAGUGCUGAGCUUGUAUCAAGUCCAAUGAAAUUAGCUAUUAAAAUUCAAUAUCCUGGUAUUGUUACCUCAAUUGAUUCUGAUCUCGGCAAUUUAAAGACUUUAGUAAAAGUUAGUAAUCUAUUACCCAAGGGUCUUUAUCUUGAUAAUACUAUUAAAGUUGCAAGAAAAGAGUUAUUAUGGGAAACUGAUUAUAUCAGGGAAGCGGAAUGUGUGGAAAAAUUUCAAACAUUAUUAAAAAAUGAUAAAAAUUUUGUUGUUCCACAAGUAAUUAAAGAACUAUCAACAAAAAUGGUUUUGGUUUGUGAAAGGAUGAUGGGAGAGCCCUUGACAUAUGCAGUAUCGUAUAGUCAGGAACUAAGAGAUCAGAUUGAAUUAAUAGAUUUUGGGGCGAGUAGAAGUUUCGAUGAUACAUUUAUAAACUAUUAUUUAAAAAUCUUGAAAUCAGCUGCUAAAGGCGAUAGAGAAGGUUGUGCAUAUUAUUCAGAACGAAUAGGUUUCUUGACAGGAUAUGAAAGUGAGGUGAUGAAGAAUGCACAUGUUGAUUCUAUUUUGACAUUAGGUGAACCGUUUACAGCAUCAGUUUAUGAUUUCUCAAAACAAACAAUUACAAACAGAGUAAGGAAUUUGAUUCCUACAAUGCUAAAAUAUAGACUUACAGCACCACCCGAUGAGACUUAUAGUUUACAUAGAAAAUUAUCAGGUGCAUUCCUACUUUGUGCAAAAUUGGGUUCUAGAGUUAGAUGUAGAAAACUUCUUGAAGAAGUUGUUGGUGAAAUAUAA